AAAAAUGGGAGUCACCUCCUUUACAAGAAAUGAACAAGAAUAUGCAAAAUAUCGAUGAAUGCCUUGGAACUCAUAAACUUAAUCUGGUAUCGGUGUCAGCUCGCCUGGCGAGACAAGAACGAACUCUCAUCAGAAUACAGGAAACGCUUGAUGCGCUAUCGAAGCGGAUGGUUCCCGAAUGGACAACUAACAAUAUCAACAAUGAAUUAUCUGUUAAUGAAGACGUCACUUCCUCGGGAAUCAAAGACAACAAGCACGUUCAGGAUGGCCAUUUGUCAACGAAAGUCAACGAAAACGACCAUGAUCAAAGUGAUACAGGAGAUGUAGAAAUCAAAGACAGUGACCAAGUGACAUUUACGUUAUUAUCAACACCAUUGGCUGUCUAAAGAAUUGCCACCCUAGAAAUGGUGGAGAGAGAAAGAGAGAGGUGAAUAAAAGAAAGGAAAGAAUAAAGGUCAAAGGUCUGGGAUUCAUUAAAAUAAGUACAGCUUUUUGUAUAUUGUAAAUAUUAUAAUAUAUUCAAGGAUAGGUUUCCCGAUCUCUCCAGUUAUUUUCCAGCUUUCAUCUGAUGUUGACGUUUUAUCUUACUGUUGCUUAUAUGUUCUGGACAAGUAAAUCGUUUUUGAUGACUUGAUAUGGGUAUUGAGACUCAAAGGACCGAGACAUUAUAUUUGGUUUGAAAUGAAAAGUGCUAGUUAUUGGAAUAGUGGUAACAAUUAUAGUAUUCUAACAUUUUCUGACAUUUAUCAGUACACUGCAUCAAACUCAAACUCCUCAUUCCAUUUCUUCACCCCAGCACGUAGGUGAUCGUGCUAUAAUGAUGUUAAGUCUUUUGAUACGCCCUCAUUAUUGGGAAAUGAUAAAAAAGAACAAAUGAAAAAGGCUAUGAUGGUCUUUCUAUCUGAAAAUAAAAGAAAAUGCUCGGGUGAUGAGACCAGCCCUUAGUGCCUGGGUUUGGCAAGGUAAGGAAAGGUUUGGGAAGUUGAGGAUUUAAAACAACAAGAAUGUGCUUUGUAAAGAUGUGGUAUAUUGGUAUAACCCUGGGAGCAGCAUGCAAAGCACACAUAUUUUGCAGCCAUAUGUUCACACUACCACAUAAGGAAAGUUUAUUACUGGGGGUAUAACAG